UUUGAUAAAAAAAAAAUAUGGGAAUAAUGUAUGAUUACGUUUUUUAAUAUUUUAUCCCGUUUUUGUAUUACUUAGCUUCGAGAAUUUGUGUCGUUUUAAAUUAUUUUUUGAAAAUGAAAUAAGUAACAUUUUAAAAUGAGAUGCAUUCGGUUGAAUUCAUUCGCGAAAAUUCGUAUUUUGCUGUUACUACCAUGUAGCUCGUGAAAAAUACAUGAAAAUAACCUGAUGCAUUUGAUAUUACAUAAUUACAUAAUAUGUCUGUUUCCCUGAAAAAAGAUCCUUGUGGCUAUAUUUGCAUUUGUUUUACGUAUAUGUCUCUUAUAUACGCAGACUAUGUUGUCAUUAAAUGGAUAGUUCUUCAGACUAUGCAAGACAGUUUAUGGGGACCAUUCAACGUGGUAUUAUUCAAUAGCUUAAUACUCUUAUUGACUCUAUCACAUUUCAGGGCUAUGUGCUCUGAUCCUGGUGUGAUUCCUUUACCUCAGACUAAAAUGGAUUUUUCUGAUAUCUAUGCUGCUAGUAAAGAACCGUUGAAUCAAGAUGAUUGGACGGUCUGUACCAGGUGUGAAACUUACCGUCCACCAAGAGCACAUCAUUGUCGAAUUUGUCAAAGAUGCAUUCGUCGAAUGGAUCAUCAUUGUCCUUGGAUCAAUAAUUGCGUUGGCGAAUUAAAUCAGCGAUUCUUUAUUCAAUUCCUAAUGUAUGCUGGUGUUUUAACUAUCUACACAUUGCUUUUGGUCACUGCUUCUUGGCUAAAAGAAUGUCCUUCGUGUAGUCAAGAAUAUAGUAUUAGAGAAUUACGCGUAUUUCACAGUAUUGCUUUGGUGCUGGAGAGUAUUCUGUUUGGAAUUUUUGUAAUUCUGGUUCUGCAUGAUCAGCUUCAAUCACUUUCCAAUGACGAAACAUUAAUUGAAGAAUUUUAUUCUGAAAAUCGAAGACAUAUCGCUAAACAUAAACUACUUUUUUGGAAGUUAUGCAAAAGCCCUAAUAUUACAAGAAACUUCAUUGGAAAGCAGUUGCACAAUGUGUGAACGAUAAAUAACCUCGAGGAAUUUCACAAACCUGAAAUUUAUUGCUAAAUCAAGCUUUUUGUUUCUAUUUUUUAUCGAAUUUUCGCAUCUUUGAAGCUUUUUCCUAAGAGUGAUAAAGUUACCAUACAUAUAUUCCUGUAUAUGUAAUUCCGAAAAAUAAUUUUUAAAACUUAUGUGAUCACUGAUCAGUGUGCGAAUUGUUAGCUUUUUUAAAUUAAUUUUUAUUCGAGUUUUUAUUUAUCAUUUGUGAAGCUUGUUUGAUUUUUUUUCGUUGCGCGCACGAUAACUGAUGUUUCCUACUUACCUAUAUGCAAUGAAUUAAGAUCACACAUAUCGAUGUCUUCAUUUUACUGCGGCAUUAUUUUUAUAAUAAAAUUAUCCCGUGUUUUUUA